AUGGCCGGCCUCGGGUCCUCCCUCGAACCCCUCGAGCCAUGGCGUUACGGCAACGGUCGGCUCCGUUCUGUCCAUGCCGGCAUUGCAUUCGCAUGCUUCAUCGUCAUUCACGCAUUACCCUGCAUCCAUGGCUUCCCAGAGUACCAGCUGGCCACCAAGUCCUCGCUCGACGAGGGCAGAGAGCUCAGCGCGGCGCUCCCCGCCGCCGCCGCCUCCGAGUCCCUGCUGGACCGCCUGCUGGGCACAGACUGCUUCAGCCGCGCGGUGGCGGAGCUGGAGGCGGGCUGCCGGGGCCUGGCCCCCGAGGCCAAGGCCCGCCUGGCGCUGCGCCUGGUGCAGUCCCAGGCGGCGGCCCUGGAGCGUCAGGAACAGCUGCGGGACGGCCAGGAGGCGAUGCUGCACAGCGUGCACCGCGGGCGGGAGCUGCUGGACUCCGUGCUGACGGGGGCGGAGGCCAGGGCGCGCGCCGCGGAGGCCAUGCAGGAGGAGGCCGCGGCCGCGCAGCGGCGGCUGACUGCAGACCUCGGGGCCGUGGCGGCCUCCUCGGAGGGCCUGCGCUCCCUGGUGGAGGCCCUGCUCUCCUACCAGCACCGCUCCGAGGCCCUCGUGCUCAGAAUGCUGGGGCACGAGACUGGGCAGGGGAACGCCUGGCACCUCCUGGCCCUGCUCGCGGGGGUGUGGGUGGUGGGCGGCUUCCUUGGGGGGCGGCGCGCCCGCACCCUGGGCAUGUUCGCCCUGGGGGCCAGCCUGGCGACCGAGAGGGCCCUGCUCACGCACCUGGCACCCUACCUCCAGCUGGGGGAGGGAGGCACGGUGUACCUGGGUGCCCCCGCCUGGCUGAGCUGGGUGGUGCCGAGGGCGCUGCUGCUCGACCUCAGGGUGGCUUCCAGGGUCUGCUGGCUGGGAGCAGCCGCGCUGAAGCUGGCGAGGGGCGCUCGCGGCCGUACCGCUGCUGCUCCCCUUGCUGAGCUGGAGAGGACGGUGCUGAAACUGAUCGAUCAGCCUCGCUUUAACGGGCAUGUGUAG